AAACCCCUCAACGUCUCGUCAUUGAGUCUGCUAAGAAAUAAGCCGCCACGUUGCUGGUCAGUCGGUAGUCGCUCUAAAGGAUCGAAUUGGCCAAGCGAUUAGUAAGCAAACAUCGUACAUAUUUAAACAUACUGUUUGCUUGCUUACACGUAUGAACUUUACAAUUGUUGAUCGUUUGGUGAUAACAGUAGAAAUAUUAAUCGUUAAACUAGCUGUUGGAAUUAUUAUUCGCAGCGCAUCCGACUCUACUUCCCCCGUCGAGUUUCUUUAGAUAGGUGCGCAAACCCCGCCUCAAAUCUUCCCCCUGGUCCGCCAGAUUCCCUUAGUCUCGAACAGAGGUGGCCAUUGUCCUCAUCAUUUCCCUGUUGAGUGCGUGCCUGGCCUGUAUGACAUUCCUUUUUUUCUAACAAUAAUAAUACCUACAAUAUUUGUUACGAUAAGAUUAUUAAUAACAGCGACAACAUCAGCAAUAGCAACAAAAAGGAAGUCAUUGCCAGUGCGGGCUUAGGCAGUGAGCGUUUCACAAAUAAAAAAUCGUCGUUCGCGAGUUCUUAAAACACCUCAUCGUACAGGCUAGCGUCCGACUGAAGUCUUUGCAACGAGUUGUUUACUGCCAAAAAGCGAAAUCGCUCAGCCUCUCUGCUCAAAAGACGUACGCGCCAAAACCUCGAACGAUCUCACGCCAGCAGCAAAAGUCGCAGAUGCCUUAGCAACAUGAAGGUCACCUGAGCUCUCCCGUAAAACUGACAAAAACGACAAACCACUACGACAAUAGCAACAGCAGCGGCAGCGGCGACAAAAGGGCAAAUUGUAGUGGCAGCAUUGUGUGGAUCAAUCGUGUGAAUCAAUUGUGUAUUGCCGAUCACCGGCGCCAAGGGAAGGCCGUGGUGGACCUUGGUCGUUACUAUUAGCUGGGACGAGUGAUUAAAUCAGUUCGGCACAAUGUCGAUGAGCGUGAGGCGAGUGCGAAGCUCCUUCCGGGGUUCGCUCCGCAAGUACACUAGCGGGGAAUCGAUGAGGAAACCUCGACGCCACUUUCAAUGGAUAUAUCGUGAUAACGAAUGGCGCAUCGCUUACGACGACGGUGAUGAGGUUUCCCUUAUGUAUGCUAAAUUUGAGAGGCUUCCGAUGCGGGACUUCGGCGCGGAAGUGCGGGCCACCAUGGACGUCGACCAGUUCCUCAUCCAGGCCGUAUUACUACUCGACGUACAAGAGACAUCACUGGAAGGGAUCGUCGACAGGAUGCUGCACAAGGUAUUGGAUGGACGCGAGCACCUAGCGACCAUUUCGGAAGCCAAGGAGGCGCUGUUCACUCACGAGCAAGUGCACCUCCUGUCUCGAACUAUCCAGGGAACCUACGUGAGAGAGGGCGGUGGAUUUGACUACGAUCAGUCAUGGAUCUGCGCAGUUUGUGCGCUGCCGUCGUUACAGAAGCGUCACGUGGCUGUGGCAAGACUCAAGCACCCCGCCAACAUGGGGAGAACCUCACACGAAGUUCGAUUUUUCAUUCUCGUGCUCACACCCAGCAAAGAAAAAGGUACAAAGAAUGCCCUUGAAACGGGACGGACGUUCGCGACUAUCUUUGCCGACAUGGACUUUCGGCAGAAACUGCUCGAAGUACAUUCAGAAGCGGAGUUUAAGAACGUUCUGCUGAAGCACGCGCAAGAUCUGGCAGCCGAACAAAGCAACCCCGCUAACCGGUUUGCCAAUCACGACGCCGACAUCGAGUUUCCGCCAGCACGAAGGCGGCGAAAGAGAAAAUGCAUCAUAGGCCAAGGCCUGUACGACGAUAUCCGCCGUCGACUCGCCCAUUACGUCUCCGACUACAUCGACGGUGUGGUGGGACACCGAACGAUCUACAAAACAGUGUCCACGAUUUUCUUCCUCUAUUUCGCUUGCCUCCUACCAACAAUCGCCUUUGGGGCGCUCAAUGAUACGAACACCGCCGGGAAAAUCGACGUUCGAAAGAGUAUUAUUAGCCAGACGAUUGGCGGUUUGACAUUCGCCUUAUUUGGGGGCCAGCCGUUAGUCAUACUCAUGACAACUGCCCCGCUCUCACUGUACAUAAAAGUGAUCUACAAUAUCUGUGAAGAUUUCCAACUGGAUUUUUACGCAAUGUAUGCGUGCGUUGGAUUGUGGAACACGUUCUUCCUCGUUCUCUUUGCAUUAUUCGACGCGUCCAAGCUCAUGAAGUGGUGCACAAGGUCUACGGAAGAGAUCUUUGCAUUAUUUAUCAGUAUAGCCUUCGUUGUGGACGCCGGCCGAGAUAUCUACAAAAAUUUCCAGGAGAAUUACUACCACAAGAACUGCUCACGAUCAUUCAAUGUAAGCGAGCUCAGCCAACUAGUAAACAAUAGCUCUCUGCUUCCGCAACUGCUCAACGAAAGUGGAUUAUUGCGACAUCUUCAACACACUGGUUGCCAACGUGAGAACUCCUUACUUUUCCUCCUGUUAAUGCUCGGUACAGUUUGGCUCGCCGUCUCACUAUACAACUUCAAUAAAACGCCGUACCUACAGGCGAGUAAACGUGAGAUUCUGGCGGACUGCGCACUGCCGGUUGCCGUGAUUGUGCUGUCAUGUCUCGGCGCUUUUCUCUUCCGCGAGGUGAAGACUGAUGGUUUCCACUUUAAUGAAGCCGCAGAGUUCCAACGAGGCCGUGUCGAGGAGCUCGGCUGGAUUCCUGCCGUAGCGGCAUGCGGUCUAGGCUUUGCCCUGUCGCUGCUCUUCUUUAUGGACCAGAAUAUCUCUGCUGCAAUGGUCAACAAUCCUUGUAACAAAUUAAAAAAGGGCGCCGCGUACCAUAUGGACCUGUUUGUCGUGGGCAUCCUGAACGGGUUCCUGUCAUUAUACGGACUGCCAUGGAUGCACGGCGUGCUACCGCACUCGCCAUUACACGUGCGCGGCAUGGCCGACGUGGAGGAACGCGUCGACCAGGGACACGUUUAUGAAAUAAUCGUACGAGUACGAGAAACUCGUCUAACAGGGGUCGUAUCGCACAUUCUUAUCGGUUUAUCGAUAUUCCUACUGCCCUAUCCGUUGGGAUAUAUACCAACAGCGGUGCUAGAUGGCCUCUUUCUCUAUAUGGCGAUCACCUCGUUAAAUGGUAAUCAAAUGUUCGAACGCAUUACGCUACUCUUCAUGGAGCAGGCAGCAUAUCCGCCAAACCAUUACAUCCGCCGCUGCCCUCAACGUAAAAUCCACGCGUUCACAAUAUGUCAGGUAGUUCAGCUAGCCGUGAUGUGCUUCUUCGGCUUUGCGCCAUGGCCCUACGUCAAGAUGGUCUUUCCUGUCAUCAUCCUCUUAUUGCUACCUCUACGCCAUAAGGUCGUGACACUUUUCAUUGAUCAGAAGUACCUUGAGGCGCUAGAUGGCGAACAUCAGUAAUUAAGAAUGUACGACGACUUUGGUACAUCACGGCAAUCAUCAUCAUCACUACCACCACCAUCAUCAUCACCAUCAUCAUUAUCAUUCAACAGAUAUCGACAUCCACGCGGUGCAAUCAUCCUUCGAGCAGAAUAGAACGUAAAAUAAAGUCAAUACAAAGGGAGAGAAUGAUUUAGUUUAAGCUAUUGUACAAGACAUGCAGCCUUUCUUCAUAGGCUUCCACGCAACGCUACGAAUACAACGAGGGCACUAUUCGUGACUGUGAGGAGUAUUUAUGAAAGAUCAAUGAUAAGUGUCCUAAAGAGAGAAAAAAAUUAAAGUGAAGAUCACGCCGAUGACGAUGAAGAUCUCAAAGACGAGCAUCCUCGCCCGGCUCAUGACAGGCUCCCCGGAGAAGAAAGUACCUUCGUGAUCGGUUGAGAUGUCGAAGCACGUCGGCCGGUAACAGGAUCGAUAGUGGCGCGCACUCCACCGCUGUAGCGUACUCAUGCAGUUCGCUUAUUACCCUUGUAUCUACAAAUGGCGGAUUGCGUGCACACGUCCACCCAUGUUGCCUCAGGCGGACGCGGUGCCUCGAGUAUCGAAAGCCGAUUUGCUUGAGCUUUAAACCGCUCUCGCCUUCACGGCUAACCUCGCCAGCUCUGCACGGCCGUCGAGACUACAAGCUCCUAGCUAUGCACUCACCGUAGGCUGUAAUAUAUAUACAAUCAUAAUAAUGAUCAUAACAAUGAUAAUAGCUACAAGAAUACUAAACCAAUAUAAGGCAACAAGGGGGAGCAGAUCACAGACGUUGUAUAUUCAUUAGGCGUGUGUCGUUCACAGCACGAAACAUUAUACAAGAAUUACUGUUACUAGCAUCAUUACUAGUAAUACUGGAUGCUACUGCGGAAUACUCCUAUCAGCAUUGAUUAUAGAGAAAUUGUGAAUAGACGUAGGAAGUAAAGUCAAAAAAGAACAAUUACUGUCUGAAUGAGACGCGUGAAAAAAAAUUAUAUUAAACAUAAUAAUCAUUAUUUACGAUUCAUAUCCAACCGCACUGCAUCGGACCAAGUGCCCGUACGCAGUUGCUUCGUGUUUAUGCCCUUCCCAGAAAUAUCCCCAUCUAUAUAGUUCAUUUGUUAGGAGAAUCAAACGGACCCAAUAUAUUUACUUGUUGAUGUUGAACGUCAGCCAUCUGUGCAAUUACUCACGAACACGAUCGCGUUUCUUCCUAUUUCCGAGAUCUUCCCCACGUACAAUCCGUCGCUUUACCCCUCCAAAUUUACCGAAAGCUGUUUUGAAACACUUCUCUCAAAUUUCGCUGCAUCGUGGCAAGCGAAGGGGAACAAUGGAAAGUAAAAUGAGCCUCAACAGCAUUAAAGUAGCUAUAGGCUGACGUCUGUCCGAUGGCUCUCAACGGCCGUGAUUAGCGUACACGCUUGCCCGAAUUUAACGGGCCAAGGGUCUCUCAUUUUAUGUGGAAGCAUUAGAAAAAAUGCACUUGACCCAUAUUUGGUGCAAUUCAGCACCAAGUACGAAACGCUGUGCCUCUUACCGAAACAGUCCACUUAUAGCUGGGUGCCAUUCAUUUUUCUAGACUUGGUCAAUGCCUUCAAUUGUCAAGACGAUCGAUUCUCUAUUUGCUUCACCCUUCCGCUAGAACACAGAUCGAUCCAAGCAGCGAAUCAAAAAGUUGUCCGGGUCGUUGGCUUGCUAUCUGAGUGACUGGUAGGAGUCAUGGCUUGCUAGUUAUGCACGGGUGACAGAAACCAAUAAAUUAGUUUUCUAUUAUAAGUGGAUAAUUGAUUAGUAUUAAGAUUACUAAAAACAUUAUUGCUAAUAUUACAAUUUUUGUCUGCAAUGUGCAAAAUAACAAAGAAGAAAGCGCCGCCGUCCUUCGGGCGCGGCACGCGCCUGUUCGCACUGUUGAAAAUAACGCACCGCGCCAAAGCAUUGCACGCAAUUAUCCUUCUGCAAUUGCGCACCGUCUACAUAACACACAACCGUUAUAAUGAUAACAAUAACAACCAGAAAAACGUUAAUAUAGUGGUAUUGAAUACAACAAAGAAGAAGGAAUCAAACACCCACAGAAAAAUCAAAUACGACGAACGACAACCGCAAAACCAACGAUUGCGACCAUAGAACGAACAAUUAAUGUUCCAAAGCAACAUAAAUUAAAGGAGAAUAACCUGCACGAAAAGUAGACGAUUUUAAAUAACAAAUCCAAUGCAGUAAAAACAAUAAUAACCAUCAUAAUAACAACAACAACAACAACAACAGCAGCAGCAGCAGCAGCAGCAGCAGCAGCAUUAAUCGUACAUGCGAAUAUUCACCGACUGAUGAUUUUACUGAUACGAUGAAAAGUUAUCGUACUAGUUUAAUACGAAACACCGAGGGAAAAGAAGUGCUAUACUGUUAAACAGAUGCAGAGAACAGGUAAUGCCUUGAACGUCUAGUUUUACGAUGAAGGCAAUUCUGAUGGCUGAAUGAUGUUGACAAGUAGGCUGGUAUCAGCACGGAAGCAAAGAAUUAAAUGGAAACGAAAUGUACGAGUAGACGCAGACGAUGUAAAGAAUCAAAAACAUCAACAGAGCGACAGUAACAUGCUACGACGAGUACGGUAAAAGGCAUUGCGCAAAUUGUGCAAACGUCACAGGUCGACAUAAAACGAGAAUAGACUAUAACGUAAGCAGCAGAUGGAAGUAAAUGCACCACUGAGCAAAUCGAGCAAAGCCGAACAAAUACAAUUAUAUUGAUGGAUGAAUGAAUGUAUGUAUGCAAGCGGUGAAUCGAAACACAACAAUAACACCAGUUCCGCAGAUGCAGACGAAGCAGGCGAGCGAACAGACGACACAGAGAGAAAUGCAGACGAACAGCACUGAGCUACAUCAAACAAACAUACAGAACUGAAGAAACAGGGAAGUUCAAUCAGCUAUGUAAGCGAAUAAACCAGAGCGCAGAAUCCAGUGAAUAGCGAACAAUCACUAAUGAAAAAAGACAGAUACACGAACAAACAAACCGGAAUAAAAUUUCAUUAAAGAGUAAGCGAUGAACAUUGAUAACUUUUGAAUAUCGAAAGUUCGUGUGGCAAAAAAAAAAAAGGCAAUCGUGUGUCUGAUCAGUAACUCGAUCCCUGUAUUGAUAACAAGAGUUAAACCAAGUUAAUGAGCCAUAAUGAUAGCUUCUACUUCAGUCCAUACUGUUACCAAUAUUCUUAAUGACGAAAUUGGUUGAUGUCAUCAACUGAAUGCCGUUCGAGCAAAUAUUCGGUCGAAUCACAUAAGUGAUUGAACUAUUACACCGAUCCUAGGACUGGGUUUUAUGUACAACUGCCAUUUGUCCUACAAAUCUAUGCUAACCACCGCUUCGAGACGGACUUGGGGUGUGCGAGAAUAGUAAACGCUAGGGGCUGAAUUUGGCAGUGGAUGCUGCUGCAGAAGUCGUCCCCUUAGAAAAUAUCGAGGGGAUGUUCCUCAAUGGAACCGUAAUAGUAAUCACAAUAAUAGUAAUCAUAUAACGGGAUACUGAUAAAACAAUAAUGAAUAAAGACCUCUAAGGAAACGUCCACUGUGAUAUGACCACCAGUUACGCGUAGUAGAUAACAAAAAAAUAAUAUAGGUACCGAAACGGUAAAUAGAAUAGCAACUACACGGUCACAGACGCCUGGGCAAGCUACGUUCGCACACAAAAAAAAACUUGUUAGUACACACAAACAAAAAAAAAACCACAAAAUAGCCAAGCAAGCGUUUGCACACUGACUGCGAUCCCGUUGGAGGGCGGCUCUACUUACCAGCGCCGGUACCAAGCGCAAUUCUCUCCUCUGACCCUGUCGUUCAAAGGCGCAAAGCAGUUGGUCCUGGGGUGUCGCGGAUUCCUCAUGGAUUGAAAAGUCGAAUUAACAAGACUAUUCAUGGCUAUUACGGAAAGGGGCAUUAUCGGAGAAUACAUUUCAAGACACGAGAGAAUAAAAAAAAAAAAGAAUAUAGACGACAUCAGCAACAGUAACAACUAUGUAGGCAACAAAAUGUUGUCAAAACAGGCCGACUGCCGGGUGUUCGUAACGAUUCAUACAUACAUGUGAUUCACCCACAGCUUUAUAGAGGCGAAGCGACGCGAAAAGUCUUGGCUUUGUUGAUUUUUUGAGGCUCAUAAACGAUCAGAGAAAAAUUUUCGACGACGUUACGACGCCGCCGCCGCUAUUACUCUAGGUAUUCAUGAGAACGUCCUGGUGGUCGCUAGUAAUAAUAGUAAUAACUGAAUUUGUAAACUGGGGCCCGGCGUGCAGAAAAAUUAUGCUUCGAUGGGUUCUGCACCCCUGUCUCCAACCAGGGGGUGGGCGCCAGACUUACAAGAGCUAAAACUGACAGAAACAAAUCGUUUCCUACAACCUACAGCCUCCCCUUUCUUUCAAUAAAUAAUGAAUUGAUUCAUUGAUGAAGAUUUGACGUGUUAUAAAGCAUUUCCUUAAUAGAAGUAAUAAUACUAUUGAUAAUGGCGAUAAUAUUUCCGCUUCUUAAUGCAUGUGUGCACUGGCGAGAGCUCUUCCAGAUUGUUGCAAAUAUUGAUAACAUAUGCUGAUUAUGGUGGCUGAAGUUUCAUUAAUUAUAUAGUAAACGAAUGAGUGAAGAUGACGGCGGUAACAUUAUAAAGAAAAGUGAACGGGAAAUGUUUAACAAGACGACACAGUGAUUGGGUUUUCGGUCGACUAGGACAGAAUUUGCCGGAGAUCGAAGAACUGUGAGAACAACAACAACAACAACAACAACAACAACAAAAAUGUUAACGCUAGUGAAAUGACGAUGUAAAUUGUGUUAGCGAUAGGCUUAUUAUACAUGCUUAGAUUCUAAUAUAUAUAUAUAUAUAUAUAUAUAUAUAUAUACUUAGAAUAUUUAUAGCAGUGGAGCGGACUAGCCCAGAAAAGAAAGAAAAAAACCAGCAGAUAAAGACAAUGGGCGUUAAUAUUCCCCUGUUUAGAGACUGGUGUAUGACUGUUUAUCUGACAGAAAGAGAUUGAUUUCGACAAAGAGACUGACCGAACGAUUCCUCGAGAGAAAGUUAACUUGCAAUCAGAAACUAUAGCAAGCUGAAACGCAACGCUGCUAGUAAUUUUUCUUAUGAUUAUUAAUCAAAUGAACGAGAUUAACGGGUGUUCCGAUGAAAAGCACGCUUGUGAUGAGAGACAACAUUGGCAAAUCUAUUUAUAUAAUACUCUACUAUAAAAAUUCUAUGAAACUUCCAAUGGAACGUAUCGUGAAUAGUGCAUUGUUUCUGACAUAGUCAGUACAGGCCAACUUACUUAGUUCGCUACGACGCCUAAUACAACGGAGGCAACAGGUUGCGUGGCUGCUUGCGUUCGUGAUUAGGUAAAACCAUUCUAGUUUUUUUCUUUUCAUCAUUACGAUCAAUAUCAUUUCUUUCCGUGAAACGCACAUAGAUUGUUAAAUCUCUCCUGUAAAAAUUCAACAAGAUAGUUAAAAACCAUAUAAUCAACAAUAAUAAUUUGUUACCUUCACUCAGAGACGAUCUAGAAAAACUGGGGCUGAUCACACAGGUUACAUAUAACACAUUCAAUGAACAUGACGAAGAGAGAUUUCCGGCGUGCAGACGAUCCGUUAACACCACGAUAAACACCAUCACGGAACAAUAACUUUGAUCAAAUGUGGAUAUAAGGAAACAGAUUGGGAGCACUUAUCUAAAAAAAAUAAAAGGAAUAAAAGUGCAAAUAGGAGAGCAAAAAGAGGAACAGGUACGCGAGUGCCGGUAAGGCCGACGAAAUGUAAACACAUCCGUAAUGUCUGGAUGUAAA